AUGCCUCUCCAUCACCUCGAAAUCGACAACUUCAAGUCAUACCGCGGCCACCAGGUCGUCGGUCCCUUCCAUGCCUUCACCGCAGUCAUCGGUCCCAAUGGUAGCGGCAAGUCCAAUCUCAUGGACGCCAUCUCUUUCGUGCUUGGCGUCCGCUCCGCACAGCUUCGAUCGAGCCAGCUCAAAGAUCUCAUCUUUCGAGGUCGCAAGAUGGGCAGAGCCAGCGACAGUCCAGCAGAUGACGACGACGCUUCAGAGUCCGAUGAAGACGACCAGGGCGAGGGCACAGCAACCAAGGCCAGCGUCACCGCCGUCUACAUCGACGCAAAAGGCUACGAACACCGCUUCCAGCGUUCCAUCACCAUCUCGGGUUCCAGCGAAUACAGAUACAAUGGUCGAGCCAUCCAAUACGCACAGUACAACGCAAAGCUCGAGCAGUUCAAUAUCCUCGUAAAGGCAAAGAACUUCCUCGUCUUCCAGGGCGACGUCGAGGCCGUCGCUUCUCAGGGAGCCAAGGAGCUGAGCCGACUCAUUGACCAGAUCAGCGGCUCGCUCGAGCUCAAAGACGAAUACGAGCGAGCAAAGGAGGCUCAGGAACGCGCCACUGACAACUCGACCUUCAACUUCAACAAGCGCAGAGGCAUCAACUCGGAGCUCAAGCAGUUCCGUGAACAGAAGAGCGAAGCCGAAAAGUUCGAGCGUCUCCAGCAGGACCGCGUCCAGCACAUUCUCAACCACGUCCUCUGGCGUCUCUUCCACAUCAAUGACGAUAUCGAGCUCAGCACCGACUUUAUCAAGACACAAGCAAAGAACAUGCGUCCCUUGCGCACCGAACACAAGAAGGCCGAAGAUGCUCUCAACCGCGCAAGGCGGGAUCAGGGUCAGACACAAACCGAGAUUCUCCAGGUCGAAAAGUCGAUCAAGCGAAAGCAUCGCGACGUCGAGGACCUGCGCCCGACGUUGGACGCCUAUGAAGAGAAGAUUGCCAUUUCGCGCAAGAGGCUUGACAACGGUGCUCGAAUGACAGAACAGGUCGAGCGCGAUCUCGAGAAGCAGCAGGCAAAUCUCGCCAAGCUCGAGCGUGAUCGAGCGACCGUCCAGCGAGCAGCAGAUCGUGCUGCCGAAGAGCAGCAGCGCGCCCUCGAGUCGGCUGGUCUCACACUCAGCGAGGCCGACUUGGGCGAGUACCACAACCUCAAGGCGCAAGCUAAUCUCGAGGCGGUCGCAGAGCGUCAGGAGCUCGAUGGACUCAAGCGUGAAUCCAGAAUCAAGACCGACGCCGUCAAGGACUUUGAAGACAAGACAGAGCAGUUCAGCAAGCAGAAAGACAAGCUGAACGACGAGGAGUCGACCCUCUCAGAACGACACUCGUCCCUCGAAGCCAAGCGCAACCAGAUCGACUCCGACUUGAAAGCCGCGCGAGAUGAGCUCACCGCGACACAAGCAAAGCAGACUGCCAUCAAUCAGCGAGAGACCAAACUCAACGAUCUCCUCCAAGUGGCCUACAACAAGCUUCUGCAGGCCGGCAACGACACUAAAGAGGCGGAACGCGAAGCAGCAAUGAAGGAGACCGUCGCUAAGCUUCAGCGCGUCUUUCCCGGUGUUCGCGGCCGAGUCGUGGAUCUCUGCAAACCAGUGCAGCGCAAGUACGACCUCGCCAUCUCGACCGUACUAGGACGCAACACCGACGCUAUUGUCGUCGACCAGGAAAAGACCGCCAUCGACUGCAUCGAGUACCUGCGCAACACUCGGGCUGGUCAGGCCAACUUCUUGCCGCUCGACCGCAUUCAGGCGAGUCCCAUCAACGAUCGCCUGCGAAGCAUUGCUCGAGGUGCUCGUCUGGCUGUCGACGUUAUCCAGUUCGACGCUUCCAUCGAACGAGCCAUCCACCAUGCCUGCGGCAACGCGCUUGUCUGCGACACGAUCGACAUUGCCCGAUCGGUCGUCUAUGAGAAGAAGGUCGAGGCCAAAGCUGUCACCCUCGAGGGCACCGUCAUCCACAAGAGCGGUCUCAUGACGGGUGGUCAAUCUAGCUCCACGGGAGGCAAGCGUUGGGAGGAGCGAGAAGUGCAGGGUCUCACCACCCAGCGCGACAAGUGCCUCGCCGAGCUCAAGGAGCUGCAGAAGGAGAAGCGCGCCUUUGUCAGCGAUGACGAGAUGAUCGCCAAGAUCACCCGUCUCGAGGCCGACCUCAGGUCGGCACAAGACGAGCUUGCUGCUCUGACAACACGACUCUCCGGCAUCCGCGACGAGCUCAAGAAUAUCGACAAGCAGGUGAAAGAGAUCCAGCCCAAGCUGCGCAGCGCCAAGACGGAGCUGGAGAAGCUACAGCGCAAGAUGUCGGCGCUGGAAACGGUCGUCAACCGCGAAGAGGACCGCAUCUUUGUCGCCUUCUGCCGUCGCAUCGGUGUGGCCCACAUCCGAGAGUACGAAGAGCGCCAAGUUCGCCUCAUGGAGCGUCAAAGCGAUGCUAAGCUGCAGUUCGAGUCGCAACUCGCCCGUCUCAACCACCAGGCGAACUUUGAGCGCCAGCAGAUCGAGAACACGCAGGAUCGUCUCGAGACACUUCGCAAUGCAAUCAAGCGCGAAGGCGAGAAGCUGCAGGCAUUGCAAGCGCAGAAGAAGGGCAAGCAGGACGAGCUGGACGGCAUGCUCGAGGAGAUCACCGAGAUGCAGUCCCAGCGAUCCGAGCUUCAAACGCAGAACGAAGCCAAGAAGGCGACGCUGGAGGAAAAGCGCGCUGAACUGGCAAAGGCGACGCGCAUUCUCGACCAAUUGUCGAAGGAGAUCGCCGGGCGCAAUGACGAGAUCGAGCGUCUCGGAUCGGAGCGAGCGUCAAUCUACCGUCGAUGUCGACUCGAGGAGAUCACACUGCCAUUGCUCAAAGGUUCGCUUGCCAAGGUCGGCCUCGAGGAGACUAUCGAUGUCGAAGCUCCAAUGGACGUCGACGACGACGACAACACGCAGAAGCCCCUAUCCGUUCCCGACUUUGGCAUCCAGGUCGACUUCAGCGGCCUCGAUGACGAAGCCAAGGAGGACGGCGGCGCCUCGAUGGGCAACGAGCUCCAGACCCGCAUCGAGAGCAUCACGGCCGAGAUCGAAAAGAUGUCGCCCAACAUGAAGGCCGUCGAGCGUCUCGACGACACGGAAGCCAAGCUCGCUGAGACCGAGAAGGAGUUCGAUCGCUCUCGUCGGCAGGCCAAGGACGCACGGGACGAGUUCAACCGCAUCAAGAAACGUCGAUGUGACCUGUUCAACUCGGCCUUCAACCACAUUUCGAAGAUGAUCGACCCCACCUACAAGGAUCUCUCUCGCAGCAAGGCGGCUCCCAUGGGCGGCUCCGCGUAUCUGUCCAUCGAGAACACCGAGGAGCCCUACCUGGGCGGUAUCACCUACUCGGUCGUCCCGCCCAUGAAGCGCUUCCGCGACAUCACCGCGCUCUCUGGCGGAGAAAAGACCAUGGCAGCCCUCGCCCUGCUGUUUGCGAUCCACAGCUUCCAACCAGCGCCCUUCUUCGUGCUGGACGAAGUCGACGCAGCGCUCGACUCGCAGAACGUCGCCAAGGUGAGCAACUACAUCCGCGACCACGCGAGCGAUCAGUUCCAGUUCAUCGUCAUCUCGCUCAAGGCGUCGCUGUACGAGAGGAGCCAGAGCCUCGUCGGCAUCUACCGCGAUCAGGACGUCAACUCGAGUAGCAGUCUCACGCUUGAUCUCGAGCAGUAUGCGUAG